CUAUGUGUAUCUGGUAUGACCGUUCUAGAUCGUGCUGCUUUUCAGAAAGAAGUAGAAGUGCCAUCACUUGUGAUUCCUCUUGAAAAGCUGAAGCAAGUACUGAAAGUGUUGAAGCCAUGUUUGUUGAAAAUGUGUAAACUACCACCCGUUCGGUCAGAAGGGCAUGACAGAAGAGUGCUAUUGAACCCAGCUCUGUUUGAUGAAAAACUACUGUAUUUGGAACAGGUGUUACGAAAUUUUAAUCUGAACUCUGUAGAAUGGACAAAUCUACAACUGACUUAUGAGAACUUUUCCCAUGAAAGCAUCUUCAAGGUUGUCCUUCCUGCUGAUAAUUGUAGUGUCUCCAGUUUCAGUAUUGUUGGGCAUAUCAUUCAUCUGAACUUAAAGCCUCAUUUAAUGGACUACAAACACCUCAUUGGUGAAGUACUGUUGGAUAAACUUCACAACAUCAAGACAGUUGUGAAUAAAGCACAAGUAAUUGAGACAGAGUUUCGCAAUUUUCAGAUGGAACUUCUGGCGGGUGAACCUAAUUAUGAAGUGACUGUGAAAGAGAAUGGAUUUCAAUAUGCUUUUGAUUUCUCGAAAGUGUUCUGGAAUCCUCGGCUCGUCCACGAGCAUGGCGAACUUGUAAAGAAAAUUGACAGUGGUGCCACUGUGUUUGAUGUGUUUGCUGGUGUUGGACCUUUUGCCAUCCCCUUGGCAAAGAAAAAGUGUGUUGUGCAUGCAAAUGACCUGAAUCCUGAUUCCUAUCAAUGGCUUUGCCAUAAUGCUGAACUAAACAAAGUAAAACAUAACUUGACAGCUUACAAUUUAGACGGACGAGACUUUAUUCAAAGCAUUGUCAAAGAAGGUCUUCUUCGUUGCUUCAAAUCUCCUGAAUCCCCUUCAAUACAUAUCAUCAUGAAUCUCCCAGCUUGUGCUUUAAGCUUUGUGGAUACCUUCUGUGGCCUCCUUAAAAGUUCAGACUUUGAGAAUCAUACGACGCCUUUGGUAUUUGUACAUUGCUAUUUUUUUCUAAAGAAGGAUGAGGACGAAGCAGAAGUGGCUGAAAAAUACUUAGAUCUCGAAAGUCAGACUUCAAUGCAGAUCUGUCCAGUGAGGGUUGUUGCUCCUAACAAGAGAAUGAUGAGAAUAACUUAUAAAUUAUCUCCAAGACUUUUAUUUUCUCUAAAAGAAGAUUUUCCUGAACCCUCUGCAAAAAGAAUCAAAACUUAACAAUUUAUUUGAUCUACUUUGAAUGUUGCCAAAUUGAUGCAUCCAGUGAUGCAUGUGUCAUCAGGUGCUGCCAGAAAGUUGUUGAGCUUAUCUGGGAAACAAAUAACUAAAAGCCAUUGGCAAAAGAAGUUUCUGUGAUUGUGUUGCAGUUAUUUUUUCUUGGAUAUAAACAACAUCUUAGUUUUAUUUUUCUUCUUCUAAGUAUUUGAAGAAAAUUCUUUUCUCGGAACAUAUCUCAAAACUCCAUAACUUAGGUUUGAUGGUCAAAUCUAGCAUCGUUUUAGUAACAGCUAUCAGAUUGUGCAUUGAUUGUUCUCAAUUCUUGGGUCAUUAUGAGAUGCUACACAAGAAAAAAACAUGCAUAAAAUGUUAUCCACAAAGGUACAAAACCUUGGAUUAAAAAAAUUCUGGAUCUGAUUGUAAACUUCUGCAUUCCAAGUGCAUUAAGUCAUUUUUAAGGCUUUCUGCAAGUAUAAUAGUUUAGUAUUGACAUUGCGAGAUUUGUGAUUUUUGGCCAAUGGUGAAUUUAACUAUGAAUAAAACCGGUUAAAAUAGUUUUUUUUUUCUUCCAAUUUUGGCCGUUGGGCAUGGAUAUAGGAAAUAACCAAGUUUAAAAUGAAAAUAAAUGGGUACAUAAAUUUUAAAAAAAUGUGAAACACAAUCCUAUAAUCAUUAUUUAAAUAAACAGCUAAUUUUACUCUAUGCAAUUAAUAAAUUACUACAUCUUCCAAAAGGUUGAUCACAUCACAGGAGAAACACAUGAUUUUUUUUUAAUGUGUCAAACAGUGUAUGUAUAUAAAUAGCACAAUAUAUGUUUGUUUCAUCGUUUCAUGCACACAAAAUGAAUUCCAAAUUUGUUUCAAGUAUAUUGCUUAUUUUUUCAUAAUUUAAAUACAUGUUACAUGUUUUGUGAAAAAUAGCUAUUAGUUUAUUUAUACUGCAGGCAGUUUAGUUUUUUCUAAUAAACUAGUAUUCUCUGACUUAACAACCGUGAGACAGACAAAUUCAGAAUUAUUUAAAAACUGUAUAACUUUAAUUUAACGAUUUCCUCAAUUUAGUAAUAUAUUUCACUGGUCCCAGUUUGACUGCAUUGAAUGUUGAUGCUUCUCGAUUUAAGGAUAACUUUUUCCAGUCCGUUGACAAUCGUUAAAUCAGGGUUAUACUGUACUAAAAUGUUUUCCUUUUUUUUUUCAAAAAGUUUUGUUUGUGGAGGUAAAUUCUAGCUGCUCUUGUGAUGAAUGAAUAUUUAAACAUUUUUGUAGCUGUUUUGUUGAUCAAUUGAUUGGAUUUAAAGCAGUGUUUCUUCAUCAUUGCCAUUACAUUAAAUGAAAUAAUGUGUAUGUCUUAUUCACCACAUUGUAACUUAUUACUGAAUGAUUUAUCAAUCAACAUACUUAAAGGAGCUUGUUCCUAAUCUUGUGCUCCAUUCCUAUUGAUGAUGUAAUCAAAACUUAAUAGAGCAAGUUGUGUCCAUAUUUUUGU